CUGAGGCUUCUGUUGCCAGUGCCUGGCUGGCCAUACCAUGAUCACUUUUGGAGGAAUUGCUGCCAAACUGGAGAGGAACCGGUUGCGGGCGGAAGGAGUGGGCGACCACCACAAUGCUGUUAAAUACCUUGGUCAGGAUUACGAGGCUCUGAAGCAGGAGUGUUUGGAAAGUGGAACGUUAUUUGAAGACCCCCAGUUUCCCGCCAUUCCCUCGGUUCUUGGCUUCAAGGAACUGGGACCCAGCUCUGGCAAAACCCGUGGAGUCCGUUGGAUGCGCCCAUCGGAAAUUGUAGAUGAUCCUCAGUUUAUUGUUGGAGGUGCUACACGGACAGAUAUCUGCCAAGGAGCAUUAGGUGACUGUUGGUUGCUGGCUGCUAUUGGCUCCCUGACUCUCAAUGAGGAACUCUUGCACCGUGUUGUACCUCAUGGACAGAGCUUUCAGGAGGACUAUGCUGGCAUCUUCCACUUCCAGAUAUGGCAAUUUGGCGAAUGGGUGGAUGUGGUGGUAGAUGAUCGGCUACCAGCCAAGGAUGGAGAGCUGGUUUUUGUGCACUCUGCAGAAUGUCAAGAGUUUUGGAGUGCUCUGCUGGAAAAGGCCUAUGCCAAGUUGAAUGGCUCUUACGAGGCCCUAUCAGGGGGCAGCACCACUGAGGGCUUUGAGGACUUCACGGGCGGUGUGGCAGAAAUGUACGACCUCAAGCGGCCCCCUAGCAACCUGUCCAAGAUCAUUUGCAAGGCUCUGGAGAGGGGAUCCUUGCUUGGCUGCUCCAUUGAUAUCACAAGUGCGUUUGACAUGGAAGCAGUUACCUUCAAGAAACUAGUCAAGGGUCAUGCUUAUUCCGUCACGGGAUUUAAGAAUAUGGAGCAUCGUGGCCGCCAAGAACAGCUCAUUCGCAUAAGGAACCCCUGGGGACAGGUGGAGUGGACUGGAGCUUGGAGUGACAGCUCUUCAGAGUGGAAUGAAGUGGACCCUGAUCAGAGUGAGGACCUUCGGUUGAAAAUGGAGGACGGUGAAUUUUGGAUGUCUUUCCGAGACUUCAUGCGUGAGUUCUCUAGGCUGGAGAUCUGUAACCUCUCCCCAGAUGCUCUGACUAAGGAUGACUUGAGCAAGUGGCACACCACUCUGUUUGAAGGCAGCUGGCGCCGGGGCAGUACAGCCGGGGGCUGCAGGAACCACCCAGCCACAUUCUGGGUUAACCCGCAGUUCAAAAUCAAGCUCUUGGAAGAGGACGAUGACCCAGAUGAUGCUGAGGUAGCUUGCAGCUUCUUAGUGGCCUUGAUGCAAAAACACCGGCGAAAAGAGCGCCGAGUCGGAGGAGAUAUGCACACCAUUGGCUUUGCGGUCUAUGAGGUUCCUGAGGAGUUCCAGGGCUGCCAGAGUGUUCACCUGAAGAAGGAUUUCUUCCUGAGGAACCAGUCUCAGGCACGCUCAGAGACCUUCAUCAACCUGCGGGAGGUGAGCAACCAGAUCCGCCUGCCCCCUGGCGAGUACAUCAUAGUGCCAUCUACGUUUGAACCCAAUAAAGAAGCAGACUUCGUCCUGCGAGUCUUCACUGAGAAGCAGUCAGACACACAGGAGUUGGAUGAGGAGAUCACAGCAGAUUUGCCAGAUGAGGAGGAAAUCUCUGAGGAUGACGUGGAUGAAAGCUUCCGGAACAUGUUCCGGCAGCUUGCAGGAGAGGACAUGGAAAUCAGCGUGUUUGAGCUGCGGACUAUCCUGAACAGAGUUGUUUCCAGGCACAAAGACCUGAAGACGGAUGGGUUCAGCAUGGAUUCCUGCCGCAGCAUGGUCAACUUGAUGGAUAAAGAUGGCAGUGCUCGCCUGGGCAUUCUGGAGUUUCAGAUUUUGUGGAAUAAGAUCAGGACCUGGCUGAACGUCUUUCGCCAGCAUGACAUUGACAAGUCAGGCACUAUGAGCGCUUAUGAGAUGCGUCUGGCUCUGGAAUCAACCGGCUUCAAACUAGACAACAAGCUGCACCAGGUGUUGGUGGCCCGUUACGCUGACGAGUCGCUGGGCGUGGACUUUGACAACUUUGUCUGCUGUUUGGUCAAGUUGGAGACGAUGUUCAGGUUCUUCCAAAGUAUGGAUCCUGAAGGCACUGGGGUUGCUGAGAUGAAUCUCGGUGAGUGGCUGAUGUUCACCAUGUGCGGCUAAAGCAGAGGUGGAGCUAGCUGAGAAGACCCCGUUGGGCUGGGCUGCCCCAAGUGCCUCCCUCACAUCAGGAUGACUGACAUAGAA